AUGAUACAACAGCCCGCUGCACCUUCGCAGGAUGGCUCCGCAACGCAAAGCUCGCUCUCUGGGCAGAUUGCCGCGUUUACCCCAACGAGGGCUUUACGGCCUUUCUAUGCGGAUGCUGCUAUUGAACAGGAACUAGUUCCUGCUGCGAGCAGCGAUUCAUUCGCCGCUUGGCUGAAUAGGUGCCACUCGCGGCUGACCAGGCUCAUGUCGCAGGAGGCAACGGCAAGCCAGACUCCUGGUGUCUAUCCCCGCGACGUCUCUUUGAGAAGCCGGAACCAAUGGCAGCCGUCGCCAUUUUCAACCCCUAAUGAGCAGGGCAAUUCCCAGACAAACCUCGCCCCGAUCCAGGGCACGACUGGCAAUGUGCAACAACCUCUGGCGACUCUUGGGCAGGAAGCGUAUGAAGCCAGCCUGGUCCCAGCUUUUCUAUUGAAUUUGUUCCCGAGCUAUCCUACCGCCGAAGAUGCAGAGGGCUUGACGUCUCGACCGCAAGAGCUAGGCGAUGAUCAACCUACUCCAAGCUUUAUCGUGUCAUCGGUCGAUCUAAAAACGACCCAGCUCUACGUCCUUGAGGUACUCUCUAUCAAGGAGUAUCACACCCUCGAACUUAUUUGCUUGAAGUAUAUCAAGGAUAGAAGAAUGUUUGCUCUCGCCUUUGCGGACACUCGCGAGGCCGUUGACGCAAGGAGAAAGAUUCAGGAGAGUCAUUCUGAAUGGCAGAUCACACCAGUGACUACCCAAGAGAUCGCAGUUAUGACUGGAUUUUCAUUUUUCAUCAGAGAGUCUCCGCAAGGCGUAUUUCUUCUGACUGUCCAUGUGCCUCAACGACUGCGUGGCCCCUGCAAUGAUGAUUUCAUCGAGGGCCUAAUCGGUAGUUUUGGCAAGGUGAAACAAUUUUUGCUGCUUGAGAGGAGUCCCAACCUGGCCAGGUACCGGGUUCAGUAUGUCAACGUCCGUCGUGGAGGCUCUGCUUUCACCUGUCUCGAUGGAUUUUUGUAUCAUGAUUUCUAUUUCGAGGUCUCCCUUGAAGGGAGUUCGUCUCUAUCCUUGCCCCCGGACUUUGGCCAACAAAGUCCUGUGACGCCUCCCCCGGGCAACAGUGGUGGGUUUGAGUCUUCGCCGAAUAUAGGUGAAGGCAAGAUUGAUUUUAAUGAGCAGAGAAUCAGCCUCACUCGAAUUCAACUUGGACUGGAUGAUCGCACCUCGGUCAUGAUCCGAAAGAUUCCAAAAUCUCUUGUUUCUGUAAGCCGGAUCCCGUCUCUGUUAGAUCUUGCGAAUGCUAAUACAAUCCUCCCCCCAAAGGACCAAGUGACGGAGGUCUUGAAUCAAACUAGUCGUGGAGCAUACGACUUCUUUUAUUUGCGCAUAGGCAAAUUGGCAAUCGGGCAGCAACCAUUGAACAUCAUCCCCCUCUACCUUGCGCUAGUGGGCAGAAAAUGGCCCAACUGUCAAUCUGCGGAGAAGCCAGUGCAACUCUGCUAUUCCAUGAUGCAAGGAACAGAUAAUCGCCAGCACUGGUUCCGUAAGAGGUUUGGUAUGACCCGGCCUCCUGAGGAGCGGCCCAAGCUAUUCCAUACAAGCGGUCCUUUGUUAGGAUUGGAGAAGUCCAUUCCUAACAGAAACACUGUCCGUCGAAGGCUGCGGCGUAAGCUGCGACACUCGACCAGCAGCACCGCCCAGCUAGGUAAGGGCUUCUGUCUUCUGGCCCAUCGUAUGGGUGGAUCUUUGCCUCAGAACCUCCUAGAGGAUUCGUCCUUCACCCAGCAGGGCAAUCAAACCACGCGCCAACUCGAGUGGCGAACUCCGCCUCAGAAUCUCUCUUUGGCUUCUCCGUCGGCUCCAACGGAGCGCGAUGCACUCCACUCCAGGCCACAGUACAUGCCACAGACUUUGUCUUCGGCUUCCUCCGCGACCAGGCAGGGCAACCAAACCAUGCGAGAACUCGAGUCGCGAACUCAGAACAUGCCUUUUGGUUUAUCAUCGGCUCCAAUGGAGCGUGAUCCGCGCCACUCCAGGCCACAGUACAUGCCACAGACUUUGUUUUCGGCUUCCUCCGCGACCCGGCAGGGCAACCAAACCAUGCCAGAACUCGAGUGGCAAACUCCUCAGAACAUGCCUUUUGGUUUAUCAUCGGCUCCAAUGGAACGUGAUCCGUGGCAUGCCAGAAAGCAAUCAAUGCAACCGAACUUCCCUUCGGGUGCCUCUUUCACUCGACAGGGCAACCAAACCAUGCGAGAACUCGAGUGGCGACGUCCGGCCCAAAAUUUCCUCUUGGAUUCUCCAUGGGCUCCAACGGAGCGUGACCCGAGCCACUCUAGAGGGCAAUCAAUGCAACCGAACUUCCCUUCUGAUUCUUCUUUGACUCGGCAUGGCAAUAAAACCAUGCGCCAACUCGAGUGGCGGACUCCGCCUCAGAAUCUCCCUUUGGGUUCUCCAUCGGCUGGAAUGGAGCGCGAUCAGAGCCACUUCAGGGCACAGUCAAUGCAACAACACUUCCCUUCAGGUUCAUCCAUGACCCAGCAGGGCAAUCAAACCAUGCGCCAACUCGAGUGGCCAACUCCGCGUCCGGACAACCUUUUCGGUUCUCCAUCAGCUCCAACGGAGCGCGAUCCGCACCACUCUAGGGGAUAA